GCUCGCGUCGGGAGAGUCUGCGCGGACGUUUGCAUUCGGCAGCAGCGGCAAAAACGCUACUUUCCAGGGACUUUUUAUUUUAUUAUCAUCAUCGUUUACUUUUACGCUUUGGGACUGGAACCUGCGCUCCCGGUUCUCCACAGCAGAGAGGGAUCUGUGUGUGUCUGCGUACUUUUAAGUUUUGCCGAGCGUUUGCAGAAGUGCUGGGUGUGUUUUUGCGGAGAGCAGAGGGUCGAGCAGAGAGAAGUAGAUGUAGCAGAGGAGCGGAUCCCGCAGCGGCUCGGACUGCCGUGUGUUCGUGGCAGCGCUGCUGCGCCUGGGGAGGGAAUAAGAUCCAUCUGCGAUGAGGAGCGAGUGCGGAGCCCGCAGCGAGUCCGGCUCCCUAGUUAGUGAGAAGGAAGAUCUGUGUGCACUGUAAGUGUCGGCGUGAGGACCAUGCAGUGACAGCCAUGCCUGUAGAGAUGGAGAAGACGGUCACCAAGCUGAUGUACGACUUCCAACGGAACUCCACCUCCGACGACGACUCGGGCUGCGCCCUGGAGGAGUAUGCCUGGGUCCCGCCUGGACUUAAACCUGAGCAGGUCCACCAGUACUACAACUCCCUGCCCGAGGACAAGGUGCCGUACGUAAACAGUCCAGGAGAGAAAUACCGCAUCAAGCAGCUGCUCCAUCAGCUCCCGCCCCACGACAACGAGAUCCGCUACUGCAACAGUCUGGAUGACGAGGAGAAGCGGGAACUGAAGCUCUUCAGCAACCAAAGGAAACGGGAAAACCUGGGGCGCGGGAGCGUCAGGCCCUUCCCCGUGACGAUGACGGGAGCCAUCUGUGAGCAGUGUGGCGGCCAGAUCAAUGGCGGCGACAUUGCCGUGUUCGCGUCCCGAGCUGGCCACGGCGUGUGCUGGCACCCGGCCUGCUUCGUGUGCAGCAUGUGCAAGGAGCUCCUGGUGGACCUCAUCUACUUCCACCAGGAGGGGAAGAUCUACUGUGGCCGGCACCACGCCGAGAGGCUGAAGCCACGCUGCACGGCCUGCGACGAGAUCAUCUUUGCGGACGAGUGCACCGAGGCGGAGGGUCGUCACUGGCACAUGAAGCACUUCUGCUGUUUUGAGUGCGAGACGACGCUGGGGGGCCAGCGUUACAUCAUGAAGGAGGGCCGGCCCUACUGCUGCUCCUGCUUCGAGUCCCUGUACGCCGAGUACUGCGACUCCUGCGGGGAGCACAUCGGCAUCGAUCAAGGCCAGAUGACGUACGACGGGCAGCACUGGCAUGCUACGGAGGGCUGCUUCUGCUGCGCCCGCUGUAAGCGCUCUCUGCUCGGCCGGCCCUUUCUGCCCAAGCAGGGUCAGAUCUUCUGCUCGCGCUCCUGCAGUCUGGGCGAGGAGCCCAACGGCUCCGAUUCCUCUGAUUCGGCCUUCCAAAGCGCCCGCUCCACCAGAGAGUCCAGACGCAGCUCCAAGACGACAAAGAGCGCGGCGGGAGCGGGCGGGGUGCAGACGGAGAGGUUUUCCGGGGAGGUGGACCCCCUGUCUUUACAAAUGGAUCUCCUGAGUUUGUCCAGCCAAACCGCCAGUUUGACCCGCGAGCCGCCGUCCUGGCAACGCCAGGAGCAGGCGGCCGACGGCUACCGUUACGAAUCCCAACCCGCCCCGCCCGCCAACCCCACCGCUCUCCAGCUCCUCAGCCAGUGCAACGUCAGGAGUGCCUACAAUUCCACCUGCUCCGGACAGAACAACAAGCAGCAGGAUCACAAGGUCAAGGAGAAAGGAGGACUGAAGCGGCCGCCCAUCUCGGCCAUGAAGGGCCACUCUCUGAGCGAGGCGUGGUUCCAACAGGUCGCCCCGGAGGAGUACUACCCCCCCAAACUGAGGACCCAGAAGAGCUUCAGUGAGAUUUCCCAUUCCUCUCAGAACUACAACGGCUUCUCCUCAGACAAGCGGUCGAUUAGUUUCCACGGCUUUCAGAAGGACAGAGAUGCAGGGCAACCAACGGCUGGCCAAGUGGCGAGGAGCAGGAACCCCAUCAAUGCACUUAACUUCACAGAGCAGCUGACUCCUUUGGCGCAGACCCCGCGAGGAUCCAUGGAGUCCCUGGCUCUGUCCAACGCUACAGGCAACUCGGCGGACGGUGGAGAGAAGCAUCAGGAGCACCUCUCUCGCUUCUCCCUGCCAGAUCUGAGCAAAGACUCUGGAAUGAACGUGUCAGAGAAAAGCAACAUGGAUACACUCAACUCCUCCGUGCAGUUUCAGAGCUCUGAGUCUAUUCAGAGUCUCUCCGGCGCUCAGUCCUACAUGGAAGUGAACCCCCCCAGGUCAUCGCAGUACCAGGUGCAGUUUUGUGAACCUCCUGGUAUGACUAAGGGUGUGGGGAUGACUCAUUUAUCACCUGGCUUCAACUACCAGGAGGAAGACAGGAUCAGUGCGGUCAGCAGUGCUAACGCUGCACGUUUGCCACCCAUUACUGAGCGCCGAGUGGCCGGCGGUGCAGGAAGGGGACCGGGCAUCAGACCGGAAGCUCCAGAAGAGACUCCGCAGAGGCGUCGACACCACCAUCACCGCCCCCGGAGAUCAAGGAGAUCACGGUCGGAAAACGCUCUCAAUUUAGUGGCGGAUCGGAGGGCGAGACCUCAAGAGAGACCGCAACAACGCGUCCGAGAGGAUUACGAUCGUUUCCCGCCACCGAGGAAUGCCAGGGACCAGUUUGGACUCGGAGGAGGGGCGAGAUACCAGCCCCAACUCUUUAGGCAGUGCCCCAGGACCACGUCAGACCUGACUCUGCAGAACCCCGGAGCCGGCAGGCGCGCUGGUUUGAGCCAGUAUCCCUGGGAUGACUAUGACGAUGACUGGUGCUCCACCUGCUCUUCAUCCUCCGAUUCAGAGGACGAGGGUUACUUCCUGGGGGAGCCCAUUCCCAGACCAAUCCAGCUGCGCUACCUCAGCAACCAGGAGCUUGUCCAUAAGUACAACACCACCGGCGUGGGAGGCCCCAGCCGCGGUGGGCAGUUGCACACCCACAAACGCAGGAAAAGCAAGAACUGCAUCAUCUCAUAACGUCUGGACAUUUUGCCACAGUCAGUUGCAAUAAGUUGAGAUUGUGUACACUAACAUCCUUCAUCCGGAACAAAAAAAAAUAUCAGUGUUGAGUGUUUUAUCAUGUAGUUGGAAGUCAGUGAUGAAUUUCAGUCAGUAAACAGUGGAAAAAACAACAGUGUUUGCACGUUUGCUCUUUUUAGUGUUUUCUAAUAUCUCCUGAGUGUUAAGGCAAUUGUUACAUGUGCAGUUCUAUCAAAUCACAACUCUAGAUUUUUGUUUUCAUGCAUCUCCCAAGUGUACAGCACAGUCGGUGUGGUACAGUUUUACGUCGUCAUGCAAUGUGAUUUACAUAGAAUAUAUUGGAAUAUUAAAUUCAGUUCUUAAUCUGUACAUAGAUAAAUGAAUUAAUUUCACUUAAGUUAAGGAAGUUGUGUAAAUACAGUUGUAAAUGAGGCCUCACAUAUUUUUAUAUUUUGUAUGGAUAGAAUCAUCUAUGUAUUAAAUAUAUAAUGUAGAGAUAGAACAACAAAAAAACAGCUUAUGCAUGUGUUAUUUGGCUGACCUGGUCCUGUUUUUUGGAAUAAAGGAGUAUUUCUGUGAG